AUGAUGGAGCAGGUUUAUGAGCACAAUAUAUUAUUAAAUAAUGUGAAAUUGGAUAACUUUUACAUGAAAGAAAUCAGUCUUCACCACUGGUUGCAUUAUUGGUUACACAUGGAAUCACUGUCACUGACAGUCGCCUGGCAGGGAGGCUCGAGGAGGCGAGGUCGACCACUACACACACAGAGCCUUCACGUCCUUUUCUUACUUCCUGUGACUCACUCAGUUCCUCCAUGCCUUGCUGAGGGAGGGAAUAGCACUUGGAGGAAUCAGGUCCGCCAGGUAACACAGGUGAGGCCCUGCCAGGUUCGCGCAGCUAUGGAGCAAGAGGUGCUAAUUCGAGUGACAAACUCAUCUCCCUACAAAGCUCCUUUGAAGAUUCAUUCUUUCAAAACGACAAAAUGGAGAAGAAGAUCGGCUGAAGAAUUGGAAGCUCUAUCACUCAGCACCCUACGAGUGCUGAAGAAGGAACUCGAGAAUAUUGCUCAGGAGGCCUCUGGAGAGCUGGUAGGACUCUUACAGGAACGACAGGGUUUACAGGAGGAAGUAGACAUAAGGUCCAUUACCAUUGAGCAGCUACUUAAAUUUGCAGAGAGACGACAGGUCCAGCUCAGGGAACCCCUGGCAAUACAAAUGAGUGUUGUAAGAAACCACCAAGAGGCAAAUGCUGAGAGUGGGCUAGGGUAGCAAAUAUUACAAGGCUAGUACCAAGUGUGCUAGGCUAGUCAUGGCGAGAAGCAGAUAGAGAUAUGGAGAGACUUGUUUUGCCAUGAUAGGAGGCCAGUAGGAACGUAGCUAUCAUGCUAAAGUUAGGUACAACAUUUUGAAAAAUGACAAUGAAGUCCGCUGUAUUUCUGCUGAAAUAACUUUUGUAAAACGAGAUUCAUUCCAAUUUGCUAUGUUGAAGUGAAAAGAAUUUGCAUAUCAAUGAUAUACACUUACGGAUAUUUAUGUGUGGUUUGCCUUUAUUCCAUGUGAUAGGAAUUGUGCUGGUAGUUUUAACUUAGUGUAAACACUUUUCCACUAGAAACCAAGUUUUGUAAGUACAUUCCUUUGGCUACUGAAUAUUAGUUUGUUAUUGUUGUGUGAUAGAUGAAUGCGUGAGUGUUUGUUUUAAUACCUGUUUUCAUUGAUGAUAUUUCUUCAUUAUUCUUUGAACAUUUGUUUUUAACACAUAUGACUCGUGUAAUAUAAGUAAGUCAUUUUUCAGAGACGAGAUGAUUUUAGUAUUACUAGUUUUUUAAAGACACUGUUAAAUACACACACUUGUCCUGGAGUAGAUAGCAGAAGACAUUGCUGUAUAUAUAAAACUUUAAUGCCCUCCAUUGUCAGAAAUAGGAUGACAAAUUUUGUUAGUCACCAUCACAGUUUGUCUAUUAUUUUGACAGCAAGAUAUUUUUAGAAUGCCUAUUUUCAAUAUUUACUAUCUAGCCCUAAGAUUUUCAUCACUUUAAUAUGCCACAUGGAUUUUUUUCUUUCUUUUUUUUGUCAUAUUUAUAUCUGUACAAGAGUGGGAAAAUGUCCCAAGGAAUUUGAGGUAAUGGUCAAGUUUGAUGUGAUAUAUACUCGGAGAUAGGUAUAUUAUGAAGUGGUUAUUACUAUCUCUUUUGAGGAUAGCCUUUUAUCCAGCUUAGUCAUUUCCAUUUAUGAUCAAUAAAAAAUAUUCAUAAAUGACUGGGGUCUUCAUAAAUUGAUUCAUUGAUAUUAGUUAGACUUUAACUGUAAUCGUACAGUAUUUUUCACAUGAAUGUAAAGUGUAUUUUGAUAAGGCCUGUCACAGUGACACAUUUUUUGUGAAUGUGUGUGAGGGAUAUGAUUUAUUUAUGAUAUAUCAAAGUUGGGUUAUCAAAGAAAUAUAUGCAGGUCAUUAUAACCUAAAAAGCACUUGCAAAACUAGACCUUUUUGACUCAGAUUCCUUUGAACAUAAAUUUGUAGUAGUAUCAGCACAGUAUAGUAACUAAUGAAGUUAGACCUUUAUUGUUGCAGUGCUUUACAAGAAACACUUCACCUAAAUAGGGAUUCUUUAUACUAUCAAUAAAAAUGUACGGAAUUUUUACAUCCUGUAUUUAUCUCACUAAGAAAGGAUUCCCAUGUUUGCAUACCCCCUCCUUGUGUACUGCAUGUAGAUGUCUUCUCUUUUGUUUUGUGUAUGAUAAGUAGGCAUAAAAGAUUAAAAGCAAAGUCUAUUAUAAAGUUUAUGAUUAAUGAAAGGGUUUAGAAUGCACUAAAUUGGAAUUGUUACUCUGAAACCAAAUACAAUAUUUGGCAACUUAAAAGACACGUAUUCUGGUAUAUAUUAUGGGAAAUUAGUGGAAUGUUGUACGAGAAAAUUUUAUUUUUUUUGUUUUCAUCGAAAACAAAUUCUCUUUGAUGUAUGUCAGUUUUAGAAAUCCAGGAUGGCUCUCUUAUACUCAGGUAGCCUGAAGGGAGAAAGUGAUUUUAAUGAGAUAACAUUCGUUAUUUCUGUUCUGAUCUUUAUUCUUUGUGUUUAGUUUUCAUGUUGGGUAUCUGUUCCUACUAGGAAAGAAGAUUUUCCAGAUUCCUUUAAAGACAGUUCCUUUUUUAUGAUAAUUUUACUUGUUGUUAGGAAAUGCAUGGAUCAUUUUCACAAUUUGACUAAUAGAAGUUAUUUAAUUAUAAUGAGAAAUGUAUUCAUUUAUAUAUAAUUAGUAGCAGCUAUGACCAUGUAUAUAUAUAAAUAUAUAACCUUUUACGAUCUUUGUCUUGUUCACAUACAUUUGAUUGCUUUCUAAUAUGUAUAUGAGCAGAAAAAUGCAAAGUGGAUAUCUUUUUUUUGUGACAUCAGUAAUGUUUGCAUUAAAAAAAUAUAUAUGUAUACUUUUUAUGGCAUUCCUCUUUUUUUUUCUUUUAACUUUAGUUAUCACGUAAGAGCAUUAUUUAUCUUAUGCCUCCACAUACCAGUAAUUUCCUUCUUGGCGUGGAAACUGGUAUCCUAUCUGAAUAAUUUGUAUGAAAUGCAGUACUGCUACUCAUUUUGACUUUUUGUUCAUAGCCAAAGAAUGUCAAUUGAUAGAAUAUGUACUCUUGAGUGGAAAUGUUUUAUGUAGCUGAAUUUUGAGCAGUUACAUUAUGUGGUAGUGCAGUAUGCUUUUCUGUAUUUUUUUGGUUGUGAUAUCUGGCAGUAUUUACUCAUAUUAUAGGUUUGAGUUGAUGGUUUGAUACGAUGUUAAAGGGCAUUAAACAUGACAUUUUGGUUUAACUGAAAAUUUCUAAUACUGUAUAAGUGAUGUUUGGGUCAUUAAGAUUUUGUAACUUUCCUCUCUUUCUGAAGAGAUCUAUAAAUAAAUCUCUUAAAGUAUAUUUGGUUUAAAAAUAUUUGUAGGUAAUGCUUUAUCAAUAUUAUAAAUUAUCAUUAAAGACUAUUCAUUGUUAGAUAACUCUUUCUAUGUUAUUAUGCAAAUACUCAAGUGUUUUCCAUUGCUGUUAAAAAAAAAGAAAUAUUCUUUAAAGGUUUCAUUUAUUAAUAGAUCUUCAGAAUGACUCGAGUGUAUAUAUAGAUUGAGUUUGAAUAUAAUGUUUUUAGCAGUGUUCACUUGGAAGAUACAACAGUGCGAGUAAAUUACAAAAAUUGAAGAAUCUGCUUUUGUGAAAAUAGAGUUAAUUGUGAAUAACAAGUUAUUUUGAGAUAUGUUCACUAAUGAUAGAUAAGGAAAACAAAUUUUAAGGUAGUUUGUGUUGUUGAAAUACUUGAAAAAUCAAUAAAAAAAGACACUUGGUGGUUGUGGCAAGUUCUUUGUAGUGCAUUUUGGAAAUUUAUAUGUAAUUUAUUAAGUGGACAUGCUGCCACUGGAUUGGAGUGCCCAUGUUAUAUAACAUAUAUAUCAGUGAACAUGUCUUGAAUAUAUUCACAUUCACAUUGAAAAAUUAGAAUUGUGUUAUUUUUCUGUAAAUCUCUUGCCCAGUAUUAUUCAUAUUAUAUCUUAUUGUAUUUUAAU